GGCGGGGCCGCGGGCCGGGCGGGCGGGCUCGGUGAUGAGCGUCGGCGGCCGCCGCCAUGUCCAAGGUAACGGCGCCGGGGCCCGGGCCGCCGCCAGUGGCGGCGGCGGGCGGGAAGGAGAAGCGCUCCUUCAGCAAGCGGCUGUUCCGGAGCGGCCGCGCGAGCGGCGGCGGCGGCGCUGGGGGCCCCGGGGGGCCCGGGCCGGCCGCGCCCGCCUCGCCCUCGUCGGCGCGCUCGGUGGGCAGCUUCAUGAGCCGCGUUCUCAAGACGCUGUCCACGCUCUCGCACCUUAGCUCCGAGGGCGCGGCCCCGGACCGCGGCGGCCUCCGCAGCUGCUUCCCACCCGGGCCGGCCGCCGCGCCCACGCCGCCGCCGCCGUGCCCGCCGCCCCCCGCCUCGCCCGCGCCGCCCGCCUCCGCUGCCGAACCGGUGCCCGGGGUGGCGGGGCUCCGGAACCACGGCAACACGUGCUUCAUGAACGCCACGCUGCAGUGUCUCAGCAACACCGAGCUCUUCGCCGAGUACUUGGCACUCGGCCAGUACCGGGCGGGGCGACCCGAACCCUCGCCCGACCCCGAGCAGCCUGUGGGCCGCGGCACGCAGGGCCAGGGCGAGGUCACCGAGCAGCUGGCGCACCUGGUGCGGGCUCUCUGGACCCUGGAGUACACCCCGCAACACAGCCGCGACUUCAAGAGUAUUGUGUCAAAGAACGCACUGCAAUAUCGGGGAAAUUCCCAGCAUGACGCCCAGGAGUUUCUGCUGUGGCUUCUGGACCGAGUUCAUGAAGACCUCAAUCAUGCUGUGAAGCAGAGCGGCCAGCCUCCUCUGAAGCCACCGUCAGAGACUGAUAUGAUGCCUGAGGGACCAUCUUUUCCUGUCUGUAGCACUUUUGUACAAGAACUUUUUCAAGCCCAGUACAGAUCUUCUUUGACAUGUCCUCACUGUCAGAAGCAGAGCAACACUUUUGACCCUUUCCUCUGCAUUUCUUUGCCAAUUCCUCUACCCCACACAAGGCCUCUCUAUGUUACCGUAGUGUAUCAGGGGAAAUGUUCUCACUGCAUGAGGAUUGGUGUGGCUGUGCCUCUGUCUGGGACUGUCGCCAGGCUUCGGGAAGCAGUGUCUAUGGAAACAAAGAUCCCCACUGAUCAGAUUGUGUUAACGGAAAUGUACUAUGAUGGGUUCCAUCGUUCCUUUUGUGACACUGACGACCUGGAAACAGUCCAUGAAAGCGACUGCAUUUUUGCCUUUGAGACUCCAGAAAUAUUUAGGCCUGAAGGAAUUCUCAGUCAAAGAGGAAUCCACUUAAACAACAAUCUAAACCACUUGAAAUUUGGCUUGGAUCAUCAUCGACUGUCUUCUCCUACACAAACUGCAGCAAAGCAAGGGAAAACAGACUUGCCCCCAGCAAGAGCGGGAAACGACAAGAUUGUUCUAUUAGUGUGUAACCGAGCCUGUACUGGGCAGCAAGGGAAAAGAUUUGGACUGCCUUUUGUGCUGCACUUAGAGAAGACAAUAGCGUGGGACCUUCUGCAGAAGGAAAUCUUGGAGAAGAUGAAGUAUUUCUUGAGGCCCACGGUUUGCAUCCAGGUGUGUCCAUUCAGUUUGCGUGUUGUCAGUGUUGUGGGGAUAACAUACUUGCUGCCCCAGGAGGAGCAGCCGCUGUGCCACCCAACAGUAGAGAGGGCACUAAAAUCUUGUGGACCAGGUGGCACUGCUCACGUGAAGUUAGUGGUAGAAUGGGACAAGGAAACAAAAGAUUUCUUGUUUGUAAAUACUGAAGAUGAAUAUAUUCCUGAUGCAGAAAGUGUCCGUCUGCAGAGGGAGCGUCAUCAUCAGCCUCAGACUUGCACUUUAUCCCAGUGUUUCCAGCUCUACACCAAAGAGGAGCGGCUUGCUCCAGAUGAUGCCUGGCGCUGCCCGCACUGUAAGCAGCUGCAGCAGGGGAGCAUUACGUUAAGCCUCUGGACUCUGCCUGAUGUGCUUAUUAUACAUCUAAAGAGAUUUCGACAGGAAGGAGACAGGCGUGUGAAACUUCAGAACAUGGUCAAGUUUCCCUUGACUGGCCUGGACAUGACACCUCAUGUGGUUAAGAGAAGUCAGAGCAGCUGGAGUUUGCCAUCCCAUUGGUCUCCAUGGAGACGGCCCUAUGGACUCGGGAGGGACCCUGAGGACUACGUCUAUGACCUGUAUGCUGUGUGCAAUCAUCAUGGCACCAUGCAAGGGGGGCACUACACAGCGUACUGUAAGAACUCUGUGGACGGCCUCUGGUACUGCUUCGAUGACAGUGAUGUGCAGCAGCUGUCGGAAGAUGAGGUCUGCACACAGAUGGCGUACAUCCUUUUCUACCAGAGGCGGACAGCCAUUCCAUCAUGGUCGGCCAAUAGCUCAGUGGCAGGUUCCACAAGUUCUUCCUUGUGUGAACACUGGGUGAGCCGGCUUCCGGGGAGCAAGCAAGCCAGCGUGACCUCCGCAGCUUCCUCCAGACGCACCUCCCUGGCCUCGUUGUCCGAGUCGGUGGAGAUGGCUGGGGAGAGGAGUGAAGACGAUGGAGGUUUCUCAACUCGACCAUUCGUGAGAAGUGUCCAGCGUCAGAGCUUGUCAUCCAGAUCUUCUGUCACCAGCCCCUUGGCCGUUAACGACAAUUGCAUUAGACCUUCUUGGUCCUUGUCCGCCAAGCUGCAGAUGCGCUCCAGUUCUCCCUCCCGGUUCUCAGGGGACUCUCCGAUCCACACCUCUGCCUCCACCUUGGAGAAGAUUGGGGAGGCACUGGACGACAAGGUCUCCAUCUCUUGCUUUGGCAGCUUGAGGAACCUUGCCAGCAGUUACCAGGAACCAAGUGAUAGUCACAGCCGACGUGAGCACAAGGCUGUGGGCCGGGCCCCUCUGGCUGUCAUGGAAGGUGUGUUCAGAGAUGAAUCAGACACCUGCAAAUUGAACUCCAGUGUUGUAGACACACAGAGCAAAAACUCAGCACAGGGGGAUCGUGUGCCCCCAAUCUCUGAUCCAUUUGAUAACAAUAACCAGAUUGCUUAUGUGGAUCAGAGCGAUUCUGUAGACAGCUCUCCAGUCAAAGAGGUGAAACCCACAAGCCACCCGGGCUCCCUCACAAAGAAAUCAGACAGCACAGCCAAGAGAUCCCCCAGCUCCAAAGGCGCUUCUGAGCUAGACAGAAGCUUACGGAAGGGGAGACCAGUCUUGGCAAGCCAGGAAUCAUCUCUUUCAAGUACAUCCCCUUCUUCUCCUGUUCCUGUAAAAGUUUCUAUAAAGCCCUCCCGAUCCCGAAGCAAAGCAGAUUCUUCUUCCAGGGCCAGUGGACGGCAUUCCUCCCCUGCCUCUGGCCAGCCCAGAAAGGAGUCCUCCCCCAAACCCCAGGACUCCGUGUCAUCUCCUUCGCCCCAGAAGCAGAAAUCAUCUUCUCUUACCUACACUGCUUCCUCCACAUCUGCCAGAAAAGCCUCGGGCCCUGCUGCAAGGGGUCCCUUCCCUCCUGGGAAGAGCAGGACUUCAGACCGGAGCUUGAGUAGAGAGGGCUCCAGGCAAAGCCUGGCUUCGGACAGAGCCAGCAUCACCUCCAGCUCUAAACCCAACUCCCCUCGGGUGAGCCAGGCCAGGUCGGGGGAGGGCCGAGGGGAUGGAAAGCACGUCAGGAGCUCCUCCAUGGCCAGCCUGCGUUCCCCCAACACAAACAUGAAGGCUGGUCUGAAGAGGGACAGCAAGUCGGAGGACAAGGGACUGUCCUUCUUCAAGUCAGCCUUGAGACAGAAGGAAACCCGGCGGUCGACUGACCUUGGCAAAACAACCUUGCUCUCCAAGAAGGCCGGCGGGAGCUCUGUCAAGUUGGCUGGUAAGAAUGCGGGGGAUGAGAAGGCAGAGAAAGGCUACCAGCCUCCAGGUUCCCAGCAGCCAAGUGCAAGUGCAGUUGGAAAAGAGCAGCUUGUCUCCAAGGACCCUGCUUCUGCUAAACAUUCCCUGCUGUCCACUCGCAAAUCCAAGUCUUCCCAGCUAGAUUCUGGAGUGCCCCCAUCUCCUGGUGGCAGGCAGUCUGCUGCGAAAUCCUCAAAACAGUUUUCUUCUAGCAUGCAAACCUCUGCACGGCCUUCUCAAAAACCUCAGUGAUGUUUCUGCAAUCCACGUGUUUUAUCUGUAAAGAUGUUUAUUUAUUUAGAACCCCUUCCCUCCCACCAAAGCCCUCUAUGCUUUUGUUUUGUAUGUUUCGGGUCACUGCCUAGUGUGUGUGCGCGUGUGUGUAGAAUUCAACUGCAGAUUGUUAAAAGCGUCGCCUUAUUCUGCCAUUGAACCAAAUAACAGCCAUAGGCAAAGCAUUGAUACCAAGCUAACUGGAAUAAUUGUAGAUGAGACCCUGGGUGGUCCCUUUAGCAAUUGUACAUAUUUCUUUCUAGAGAACUCUAAUGACUUUUGUUGGAUACUAGGGUUUGGAAACCUGUGAACCAGUUGAGCUGUCAUUAGUGUGUGCUGUGGAAGGAUCGGUUAUUUGACUUGGGUUUCAUCUGAGCAGGAUUUUUCCUCACAGCUAAUUGUCGUGUGGCACCAGGAGCUCUAAAAACUGUGACGCUAACAGUGAAACAAACCGAGAGAAGACUGUUGCUUUCUGCACUUUGGCCCCAUCUACCAGUCUCUGCAAAGGGCAAUACUUUAACACUAAUGUUUCUCAGGUAUAUACUCAGCUAGUCUAGGGUGGAUGCACAACGAAGAAGGUGGCCUGUGAGUGACUGUCAUUUCUCUGACUGCCACAGAUAGAAAUUUCUAGAGGUAGAAAUGAAGUCUUUCAUAGCUUCAUGUCUGCAAAGAUGUGUGUACCAUAAGCUGUCUUGAUUCUUAGGAUAUGUCCUAAGAGGUGGCAAAUUGGACAGCCAGAGAGCCAGUCACUGAUUAAUUUUGUUUUCCUUCUAAAUUCGCUAGCUAUGGCCAUGAGAUUUUGAAAUGUAGAGCAGUUGACACCUUUGAAAGAUUUCCGGAAAAAAAAAAAUGGAUUCUGAACUGGAUGCAUGAAUCUGUACCAUUUUCCUUCUCUGAUGUUGCUUUUUUCUAUGUUAGAAGCUGAAAGCUCCGUGUUGCCCUGUGUGCGCAUGCCCAUGUUUCUUGUAACUUGGAGAGGAAAGAAGUUGCCUAAUGCCAAAAGUCAGUUGAUGGUGUGUUGAAGCAUCGUGUGACAAAGUAUUAUGUGUGCACUUCUGAUGCUGCCUGUCAGUCUCAGUUGUAGACUGCUUUUCAGUAAGUCAUUUAUUUCUUCUUUGUGCUUAAGACUUAAUCUCUUACCCAGGACUCAGAAGCAGGAUUGGAGCAUGUUCCAUCUGGCAUUGUCAGUGCAAAUUGCAUUUCUUGUUUAGAAAACCGGGGAACCUCACAAAAAUCUCACAGAUAAGCAAGAUACAUAGUUCUUCAAGCUUUUUGGAGGUAUCCUGGCAAUUUUUAGCUUUUUUUUUUUUUUUCUAUUUUUUUUAAAUGUCAAGAGAGUCAUGGUCCUGAUUUCUCUUUGAAUAGCAUUUGUCACUUUGCCAUGAAAUAUAGCAUGCUAAGUUUAUAUGCUUUUAAAUAUUAACUUUUAAAAAAAUUAUAAACCCUUCCAGUUCUUCCUGAACUUUUGGUGCACAGAUCCAUUUAUAAUCUCCCUUUUCAGUAUUGCUGUGUGUGAAGUAAUUAGAACAUGUACACAUGCAUAGCUAUGAAUUCUGCACUGCCUUUUUUUUUUCUGUCCCCCCCCCCCCCCCCCGCCCCCAUGAAUACCUCUUGGGAAAUAUUUCCAAUAGGUUUCUAACUUUAUUUUGCUGCUACUUUGAGCAUUAGCAGGUAACUUGCAAGUCUGGAGGCCAUUUCUGUUGAGUGUAGCUGGCAUUUUAGACCCUUGCAAUUUUUAAGACUUGGCUACUCAGCCUUGUGAAAGUUACCAUAGUGCUCCAUGAAGUUCAUUGAACGUGAGCCUGUUGCCCGGUGCACUCGGUCCUGUAGUUACCCCUUCACUAGGUAUCGCUGUUGCACUGCAUGGGCUUCUGGUCUCCCAAAGCAGUGUUCCUCUCCUCUACUGUAGUGUGACUGUCCAAGACUGGCUGCCCUCAGUGUGGUCACUGCUUCUACAGGCACACUGACAGCCCCAUCAGUGUUUAGCCACCGCUGGUUUUUCUGUGUCACUUUUAUUUCCUGGAAAGGAUGCACCAAGUAUGGGAUCAUCAGUAUCAGGAGUUGAAUGUUUGUCUGAUUUGAGCCUCUCUUCUCUUUGAAAUAGAUAAAUCUCAUUUGAAAUCUCCUAUCUGAAGCUCUGAAACAGCCUUAGAAUUAUAGUUUGACUACAUACAGGGUUUUAAUAACACCUUUUUCUGGGGUUGUUACCAGUUAAGCAUAAGUAGGAUCUAGUUUAACUUUCACAGUGGCAAAUAUUUUUAUUCUCAAGUCCUCCAGGAACGGAUUUUCCAUUAUAUCUAGUGUUUUCAAAAAAACAAAAAACAAAAACAAAACAAAAACAAGCAAACAAAAAACUCUACAAAUUUCUUUAAUUUUCCAUGGGACCUAGAAAUAAAAUUUUAGUAUCUGUAAACAAUAUGUCUAUGGAGUUUAGUCUUUUUUUUUUUUUUUCAGAUUUAAAUAAAAAAAAUCAGGAAGUAUAAUGGCAUUGUCUAUGCAUCUUUAAGCUGUUCCAUUUCUGUGCUUGGUAAACAAUGAAAAUCUCAUCCAUAUCUACUAGGUACAACCUUUAAGUCACAGCAAAGGUUAUUUGCCCAAAAGUUUGAAGGUACUCUUUGAGGUGUGAAAGAUCUUAUGGUAGAAUUAUUACUUGGUUCAAUUCAGUUGUUCAGUAGGUUAGGGACUUGGUGUUUGUUUUGUUUUUAUUUUCCCAGUGAUGUUUGGCACACUGAGCAUAUCUAUGCUUUGGGGUUAAAAAUGAUCUGUCAAGGAUGGUGGGCCUGAGUGUCUGGUUGGCAACCAGGUGGGCCUGAUUAGAGCAGUUAUUUCCUGGUAGGCACAGAGUAAUCCCUGACAGGAGUGUGGCUCUUUAAUGUUUUUUGCUUUAAAAAAACGUUUUGUUUUUGAUUUCUUUUCCUGUGAACAUCCAGUGCACUGAGGCUAUGUCAUUCCUUCAGAAGGCCGUACACCCUUGUAUAAUGUGGAAGCACAACGAAACUGUUAAGCUCACGUCAUCUCAAGAUCAUGUCCUAGCCCUUGUGUUUUCCCAUCCUAAAAGCAGCCUAACUGAAAGGAAGUAAUACCUUGCUGGGCCAAUAGAAAUGGAUGUGGGAGUAUUUGUGGUCUGGUAAAAUAUUGUAAUUCUCUAUGAAGCUGCCCUAAACCCUUGUAAUCAUUCUUUCCUCAUUCAUUCAUUCAUUCAUUCUGCAAGCAUUCGUUGAGGGCCUGCUUUGCUCAUAAAGGCAAGCGGAAAGCGUCAGGAAUUCGCUAUAGCCGAGGAACCCUGGGAGCCCAGCCGAUGAGCCAGGGGAUGCCAGUGAUACCCUAAAUGGGGUGACGGUCCCCCCCGCCCCAAACAAAGAGAGCAGAUGGAUUCUGGUGAACCAGUCAAGGCCUGUGGUCCUCUUGAGCAAGUCUCUCCUGUUCCGAAAACCAAAAGUGCCCUUCUUCAUCUUUGGAGACAUUUUACUCUUACAUCCACUUUUUCAGACUGAGCUGUCUCUACUACUUAGGGGUUGAAAAUUCAUUACGAAGUCACUUUCCAUUAGAAUUUGGUCAUCCACAUGUGUAUGAAAUAGAUGUGGGGGCUGGGGGAGGGGGACAAAUUGCCAUCCCUCUAAAGUAACUAUCAUGGAAAAAACUAGGGACAGUAUGUCCAGGAAGCAGUAGUGUCAGCCUUUAGGAAAAAUGGAGCAGAGAUGAGCUAUGAACAAAGCUCACUUAUUUCAAAUAAACAUGUUUUUAAAGAUAGAUUGACAUCUGACGUUACAUUUCAUUCUGACAAAUUACCAAAGAGCUGAAGUUGUUGUUUCCUACGUAGGUUAUCAGAAUUACUGGAUGCCAAGAUAGUUAGUGUUUCUGGGUUGGAUUUUUGAGACAGUAUGCAAAUCAUAAGCACAGUUUCAAUAAAACACAUAUUCUGUGA